CGCCCCCGAGCAGCGCGGAGCGAAGGCUGAGAGCCGCCGUGCGCCGCCGCCAUGGUGUUGAACCCGGUGCUGGGGAAGCUGGUCAGCAAGCGGGUGGUGCUGGCCAGCGCCUCGCCGCGCCGGCAGGAGAUCCUCACCAACGUGGGCCUGCGGUUUGAGGUGGUUCCAUCCUGGUUUAAGGAGACACUAGAAAAGUCAUCUUUUACAGCCCCUUACCAGUAUGCUGUGGAAACAGCAAAACAGAAAGCUCUUGAAGUAGCAAACAGAAUGCAUUUAAAGCAUAUGAGAACACCUGAUAUUGUCAUAGGAGCAGACACUAUUGUGUCUGUGGAUGAGCAGAUCCUGGAGAAACCAGUUGAUAAGCAAGAUGCCUACAGGAUGCUAUCAAGGUUAAAUGGGAAAGAGCACAGUGUUUUCACAGGAGUGGCUAUUAUACACUGCCACAGUAAAGACAAUCAGCUAGAGAUGGAAGUCACUGAUUUCUAUGAAGAGACUAAAGUAAAAUUUUCUGAGCUGUCUGAAGAGCUCUUAUGGGAGUACAUUCACAGUGGAGAGCCAAUGGACAAGGCUGGUGGAUAUGGUAUCCAGGCCCUUGGUGGAAUGUUAGUUGAGUAUGUCCAUGGAGACUUCUUGAAUGUGGUGGGAUUUCCUCUGAAUCACUUCUGCAAAAAGCUGGCAGAAUUGUACUAUCCACCCUCUAAACAUAACAUACAACAUAAAAAGUAUGACUCUAUCCCUUCUGUGGACACUUUUGAGAACCUCAGCGAUGGAGAAUCUUCAAAUUUCACAGAGCACAAAGUUGCUAGUAAGUUGGACCACAGUGGGAUGCAUUCCUCAGGAGCUGCUUACACUUCUGAAAACACUUCUGCUGUCAGAACUGGUUUUACAGUACCUUUGGAAAAUCAGAAUGGAGUGUCACAGAGUGCAUCAAAACUUCCAUCCAAAAUUCUAGAGCUGUUGGAUGGUUUUAGAGCUUCAAAGGCUCUGUUUGUAGCCUCUAAGCUGAAGAUAUUUGAUCAUCUGAAAGAUAAAGGUCCAACGAAGGCUGUGGAUAUUGCAAAUUAUGUUGGAGCCUCUGUAUGUGGAACUGAAAGACUCCUUGAUGCAUGUGCUUCUCUUGGAUUACUGGAGAAAACACCACAAGGUUACAGUAAUACAGACUCAGCAAAUACCUACCUGACCUCAGAUGGUAAAUACUCACUUCAUGGCUACAUUAUCCAUUCUAAUGACCACCUUUGGCCUCUCUUCACAAACUUGGAGUUUGCUGUCAAAGAAGGGAGCAGGCAGAAUCAUCGAGCCUUUGGAAAGAAAGCAGAUGAUCUAUUUAAGGACUAUUAUCACAGCCAGGAAGUAAAGCAACGUUUUAUGGCUGCCAUGCACAGCAUUGCUCACCUGACAGCAAGAGAUGUGGCUACAGCAUUUGAUCUUUCACAGUUUAAAUCUGCUUGUGAUUUAGGAGGUUGCACAGGAGCUCUGGCUUAUGAAUUAGUACAAGUAUACCCAAAUCUCAAGGUCACAGUAUUUGACCUUCCAGAAGUCAUUGCAAACACCUCUUACUUUCAGCCUUCAGGACAGCACACUGCUCCAGUAACAUUUGUGUCAGGUGACUUCUUCAAGGAUAAUCUUCCAGAAGCAGAUCUUUACAUCCUUUCACGUGUUCUUCAUGACUGGCCUGAUGAAAAGAUACACGUGCUGUUAAGCAAGAUAUCAGCUGUUUGCAAACCAGGAAGUGCCUUGCUAGUGGCAGAAACUGUGCUUGAUGAACAGAAGACGCACCCUUCAGUAGCUGUGCUGCAAUCCCUCAGUAUGACUGAAGGCAAGCAGAGAAGCAGCUCAGAAUAUAAACAGCUACUGGAGAAAUACGGAUUCACAGAUGUACAAAUUAAGAUCACAGGAAACUUAUUAGAUGCUGUUCUGUGCUUCAAGAAGAAUCUGUCACUGUAGUGUGCCCACAACCAAUCUGGGAUGCUGAAUUUUCUUCCCUUGUGCAUUAUACCCAUCAUCAACCAACUCGUUUUGGCAGUUGAGGAUCAUUUUGGCCCUUUGUCUGAAGCACAGCUGUUACAGGCCCUGGAUACAAGCUGGAGUGCAGCUUCUGCUGGAGUGAAUUCUGUGCAUUUUAAAAAGUGUCUGGAGUAGGCUGAAACACCUGCAUGUGAAAUACCUUCAUGUCCAGUUCUUCUGUAUACUGUAUUAAGCUUAGACUUGGCAUAGCUGUGUAUAGCAUGUCAGGUUAAAACUGCAAGCUUGUGCUGAGCUACAUCAAUAUAUUAGU